AUGGGGCAGUGCUACGCGAGGAACGUGCACGGCGUCGACGCGGACGGCGGUGGCAUGGAGGCGACCACCAUCACGGUCUCGGCGGCAGGCGGGCCGGAGGAUGCGGCGUCGGUAGGGGGAGGGCGAGGAAGAGGAGGGAGGUGGAGCGCGCGGCCGUCGCCGGCCGGGAAGCCGCGCGGGGGCAGGGCCGGGGCGACUCCAGCGCGGUUGUCGGCGGCGGGCAGCCCCUGGACGGGGAGCCCACUCGGCCUCCCCGACGGCAUCGCGCCGUCGCCCGCGACCUCGGCGUCCACGCCGCGCCGGUUCUUCCGCCGCCCCUUCGCGCCGCCUUCCCCGGCCAAGCACAUCAAGGCGUCCCUCGCGUGCCGGCUCGGCCAUCGCUCGCCGCCCUCCACGUCGCAGGUGCCCAGGCCGCCCAUCGAGGUCCCGAUCCCGGAGCAAGGGGCCGGCGGCGCUGGGGAGGUGGGGCGGGAGCUUGACAAGAGCUUCGGCUACGACCACCACUUCACCGCCAUGUACGAGCUGGGGAAGGAGGUGGGCCUUGGCCAUUUCGGCCACACCUGCCUCGCGCGCCCCUGUAAGGGAGACAUGAGAGGCCAGGUCAUGGCUGUCAAGGUCAUCUCCAAAGCCAAGAUGACAAUGGUAAUAUCUAUUGAGGAUGUGCGCAAAGAGGUGAAAAUUUUGAAGGCGUUAUCUGGACAUUCCAAUCUUGUCAAGUUUUAUGAUGCUUGUGAGGACGCCCUUAAUGUCUACAUAAUCAUGGAGCUUUGUGAAGGUGGAGAACUAUUGGAUAGAAUCUUGUCCAGAGGUGGAAGAUACAAUGAAGGGGAUGCAAAAAUUAUUGUUGAACAGAUAUUAAAAGUAGUUGCCUUUUGCCAUCUUCAGGGUGUUGUUCACCGUGAUCUGAAGCCAGAGAAUUUCCUAUUCAGCACUAGGGAAGAGCAUUCUCCUAUGAAGAUAAUUGAUUUUGGUCUCUUAGAUUUUAUAAGACCAGAUGAAAGGCUUAAUGACAUUGUUGGAAGUGCAUACUAUGUUGCUCCAGAAGUCUUGCAUAGGUCAUAUAGCACAGAAGCAGACAUGUGGAGAAUUGGUGUUAUCACUUAUAUAUUGCUGUGUGGUAGCAGGCCAUUCUGGGCACAAACUGAAUCAGGUAUUUUUCGCUCAGUGCUGAGAGCUGACCCUAAUUUUGACGACUCACCAUACCUCUAUGUGGAAUCUGAGAAAGAAGUUGAUAAUAAACUAGAGGAUGAGAUGCACGAGGAUGAAGAUGAUAAACAAUAUUCACCUGAGCCUAUACCUCAACAGAUAGAUAACCAAUUUGAAGAGGAAGAUGGAUCCUUUUCUCCACAGCUAAUGCAUGGCAACGAAGAUGAAGAUGCAAUUGAUCCUGAAGAAGACAAAGCUGAGCUGUUAACUGAGUAG